AUGACAUUCAAGACCCGCUCGCUGUCUGACAGCACCGGCACGCCGGCGAAGCUCUCGCCAAGCCCACAUGUCGCUGAUGCGUCAAGGAGGACCUCCAAGGACGACAGCAGCCUCGAUCGACUGCAGCCACCCGUCACGCCGCGACGCCUGUCGAUACAGAUGCCGGCUCGGCAGGUCUCGCCUCCUCCCGGCACUCCAUCCGGCGCCUACAUACGGCCAGCCCCGUCAUCGCCCAAGAUGGACCACUCGCACACCUACGCCUCUCCCACUAGCCUCCUACCCCGCCGCUCCCGCGGCCUCGACUUCUCGCGUGCCGCGACCAGCCUCCACCACUCGAUCCUGGCUGAGCAGCCUUCUCCAGACUCGUCACCUGUCAUAGGGGAGCGGGGUAUGAACAUUCCAGCACGAAGGGGUCCCUAUGGAGGGGCAGAGCAGACAUCAACGUCUCUGUGGUCUAUGAUGGGCGACCAGGAGCGACACAACAUCAGCACUUCACUUGGAAGUAACCAUCUUGUCCCAUCAGACUCAUCCAGCUCCUCUUCAGAAGACGAAGAUAUGGAUGAAGAAAUGGAUGAACCCUACGUCACUACGCCUCAAGUAUCCAAGAUGGGCAUGCCUAUAGGACAGGGCUCUGGCAUCGGUGCUUUUGGUUCACCAUCCAUGGGCAGCCUAGCGAGCUUCCAGCACCGACAGCGACAUCGCAAGCACCCAAAAAAGAAGCCACACGGCCCUCUCGGCCUAGGAUUUAACCUUGCUUCGGCUGUUCUCUCAAAGUCACCACCUAAUAACUCAGCUGCAGCUCGAGCUAGGAGAGAAAGUAUCAGCUGGCAAGCAAAUCAACUCCACAUCUCGUCGAGAGACAUCGAUGAAGGUGGGCCUGCAGAAGGCAGCAGUAGUGAUCAGAAGAGUGUGAUACGGCGGGUUGUUACACGGCGGGGGAAUCUUUUGCCCAAAGCAAAAGCAUUUGCACGCAUCAGGGCCGCUCUAGCAGAAGAGGGCUCACCAGCUGAGUCGGAAUUCAUGCGAGAAGCUGAAAUCGUCAAACAAGUCCGUGAAAGCGAUGUUGAUUUCGAGCCUCGCCACCAACCUGCAGGUGCUGAUCACAGCGCCAUGACAACAACUCAAUCAUCACCCAAUCUCACCGGCAAUCAAGAAGCGCUGGAAGAUAUUAUAGCAGAUGACCCAAUGGGCGAUUUGAGCGCAGGCCUGGGAAGCAGCUUCAAGCAGCAGGCUAUGAAAAACUCAAAAGGCAAGCAAUUUUGGGAUACAUUUUCCGAAUCGAGCGGAGCAAGAACGCCGCCUCCUGGGUCAACUUUCUUGCCUCGCGGCUCCUCGUCAGGGAUGAGUGAAGACAAUAAUAUGGACUCGCCUUCCCUAAACUCUGGUGGCUUCCACAAUGGCCAAUUGCCAAGUGCUGCGGAGAUUACAAGGCGAAUCAACAAUAAACGUCGUCGAGACGAUGACUUUGAUCCAACUAGCUUCAAGCGUCGCGCCGUCAGCCCCAGCAUAAGUGCACACAACUCACCUAUAGUACAAAGCCCCAUGCAACGCGAUGUAAUGCCCUGGGGCUCACGACCCGGUAGCACCGGCGGCGACAGAGGUAGCAGCGGGCAGAGUGAAUCAGGAAGCAUGGGCGGAACACCCGCGAAUCCUCCUGUAGGCUCAACAGGCCAGGUAAGGAAGGGAAGGGUCGGCCUUCAGGGAAUGACGGAUACGAAUGAUGGUAUUAUGCGAAUGAGCAUUGAGUGA